AAUCAUACCAAAAUAUGUAUAUUCCAUAAAAAACGCACUUGAAAGCAGUCCACCAAAUAUUAAAAAUGAUUCAGAACGUUAUUUGUACGUGCAACCAAAAAAUAUUGAAACCAUCAAUUCUGAUUUUGUCAGAAAGCUUGUCAGUGAUAUUCUGAUCCGGACUUCAAAAACAUUAAUUGAUGUAUCCAAAGAAAUGAAAAAGAAUUCCGAAAGUGCUUCCAACAUUGAUAAUAAGAAAACACAAAAUGAUAGUUUCGAACAAAAUAAUUUAAAAAUUGAUCAUUCGUCCACCAACGUAAGUCUGGAUGUAGUAAACAACGCUGCUGGUAAAAUGGAAUUUAAAGACAACGUUUGCAAAAAUUCAUCUUGUAUCUUGGAUGAAAGUGCAAACUCUAUCGAUUUGGACGCAGUUAUAACAGAAUCCAAUUCUAAAAUAUCAGCAAACGAGUCUAUAAACCAUAAAAACUUUUCAAACGAUCUGAUGACGGAAUCUGAGAAACGGCCAAAAGAAAUAUCCAGACAAUUUGUCUUCCAUCCGUAUCUUCCACACGAAAAAGACAUUCCACCUGACGAGAAAAUAUCUUUUCAUGACAUUCUUCCAGUGAAAAUGGUAAAAUUUGUCAAGCAGAUGGUAGAAGAAGCACCAUGGGAGCAAAUGUUCAUGAAAAUGGUGCGUAUGAUUGUUGAUCAAUUUGUGGACAAAAUCAUAGAAAAAAUGUUUGCGCAUAAGGAGGAUGAACAUGACAAAUGGAGGUCGAUGGAUGUUGUACUGACACCAACAUGGAUUCUUCCGACUUACGCAACUCCUGUUGUACGUUUGCGGAGGGCUGUAGCAGAACAUUCUAAGGAAGGCCUGCAAGGUGAAUUUUCAAGCCCUUUACCACGGAUGAAAAUCAUAAAUGAAAUAAUUAAAAAGAAAAAAAGUACUGAAGAACAUUCCUGGUUAGAUCAGUUUUUAGAUUACGUGUUCCCAGACACAAAAUCUUCGCCUGCAGAAGAGAAAGCGAACUACAGAAUAGAAAAACGCGAAACAGCUGUUGCCAGUAGGAACAAAAUACUGCGAAAAAUAAUUUUAUUUUUCGUGGAAACGUACGAAAAAUUUGCUGAGUUUCCCUUCAACAGCAACCCUGAUGAUAAAUUUCAGGAUUCGGUGCGGUAUCGUGUUUUAAAAGAAGUUCUUCCCGCUCUCUUUGAAACAAAGCACCAAACUAAUGACGAUAACUUCGACAUGCAUAAUUCAAUAUAUCUGAGCUCAGGUACUGAUUCAUUACCAGCUAAUUUAGCGAGGCGCGACCUCAAUAAAGAAUCUCUAAAAAUUGCAUCCGAAAAUUCCCACCGUCGCAAACGAUCCUUGGGAAUCAGAAGCAACAGGAUGGAAGACGAGGAACGAUUGUGGCAAGCCAGCCGGAGGUCCAAACCUCCGAGUCAUCACAGAAGGGAUGAGUGCAGCCUCAGACAAGCCUGCAACGCCGGAAGGUUGCUCUCCCGAUUACCUUCCAUUCAUGAGAUUACACUCCAAUUGAGAAGUUACCACAACGAACCUCAUUGGGAUGCCUUUAUUUGGGGUAUUAAAAAGAAGAAAUGUACCAAAAUAUAUUGCAAACGUUACAGAUCACCAAAAGGCUCGAAAUAUCACCAUUGGGAUUCAAAAGAAGAUUCCAUUUUGCGUAGACAUGAUCACAGCAAGAUAUCUUCACACUCGGAAGAAGAAAGUUCCGAAACACCAGUUUCAACACAAAAGACUUUCAAUUUUUGAAACAGUUUCGCUCUUCUCGUUCCCAUAAUGUGAUGCUAGAAUGGAGCAUAAGGUUUCAAGUGGAAUCCACGUCUCAGGAGCGUGACCACGGUACGAUGUCUUCACUUUCGGAAGAAGAAAGUUCCGAAAAACCAGUCUCACAAUAAAAGACUUUUAAUUUUUGAAACAAAAGUUUCGCUCUUCUCGUUCCCAUAAUGUGAUGCUAGAAUGGAGCAUAAGGUUUCAAGUGGAAUCCAUCUCUCAGGAGCGUGACCACGGUACGAUGUCUUCACUUUCGGAAGAAGAAAGUACCGAAACACCAGUCUCAACAUUAAAGACUUUAAAUUUUUGAAACAAAAGUUUCGCUCUUCUCGUUCCAACAAUGUGAUGCUAUAGAGUGUAGCAUAAGGUUUCAAGUGGAUUCUACCUCUUGGAAACAUGACCACAGCACGAUGUCCACACACUCGGAAAGAGAAAGUACCAAAACAUCAGUGCCCCCUUAAAAACUUUCAAUUUUUAAAACAUACGCUUCUUUAUAGCUCUUGACAGUCCUUUAAUAUGAAGCAUUAGAGCACAGCAUAAGGGUUGAAGUGGAUUCCAUUUUUUGGAGACAAGACCAGGAUCGCAGCAAGAUAUUUUCACACUUGGAAAAAGAAAGGGCGGAAACCAUCUAUAAACAUUUCGAUGAGUUUGAACCAAACCAGAAGACGAUCAACUCCUGGUUCGGCAUCCCCAGAGGUAUUGAUUCACUUGGAAGACUUGAAGACCACGACAUAAAUAUCGUGCCCCAGGCAUCAUCAGCGAACACGGACUAUCUUCGAUCGGCUGGCAUCGAACCUAGAACCCUCCAGUUACGAGACCGGCCCUUUACCGAUCAGGAAACCAUGACUCCUUACAACUUCUUCGGUUUUAAACGAUCUUCAAUGUGAAACUCAAUCUGUAGAACCAAAUCGAUGAUGCAGGAAUAUAUAGUCACAUCAAAACUGAAUUUUAUUUUCCUCUUCCGAAUAGCUCUAUCAGGAUAGUAAGAACUUUCUGUAAAAAAUAUUUACAAACAACAACACUGAUUGCUUUGUUUAUGUAAGUUUUUACUGAAACAUAAAUAUUUUUGUAUUGUUAGUUAUUAUGACCUUCACGAAGUAUUGAUUUUGCAUUAUUUAAUUGUACCACGAAAAAGUCUUUGUCUUAUGUAAAAACAAAUCAUUGUAGUAU